AUGGCGACGUCGACACUCCUCACGGUGUCCCUCGCGGCGCUCCUUGGUGCUCAUGCUGUCCGGGCGAGCCAUCCGCAUCCAGUGAGGCCCGUCAUCGCCAAAGAGCCCAGGACGGAAUCUGAUGGGACCUUCUCGGUACAUCAAACGAGAAACCCUGGCUAUAGGCCGAAGUCGGGGCUGGAGGCAAUGGUUGAAGUAUACAAGAAGUACGGAGUCGAAUUGACACCGCAGUUGAGAAAGGCCGUUGAGAUCAAUAAGCACCUCUCGACAUCUCGAAAGAGGCAAACGGUUGAGGCAGUUCCUCCAAGGGGCUUGGACUAUGAAUACAUUAGUCCAGUCAAGAUCGGCACGCCUCCUCAGACAAUGUAUCUGAACUUUGACACUGGAUCUGCUGAUCUAUGGGUCUACUCCACAGACACAAACGAGAGCGUAGUGGCUGGUCAGGGUCUUUAUAAACCGGCACUAUCGACAACAGCCCAAAUACAACCAGGUUUUACAUUUUCCAUUGGUUAUGGAGAUGGAUCUUCAGCAGAAGGCCUUGUGUAUCGUGACCGUGUCGAAGUGGCUGGCUUCGUCGUAGAGAACCAGGCUGUCCAAUCAGCCGAGACGGUGUCAACCAAGUUCACGGGGGAUCCCUAUUGUUGGGGCUUGCUAGGCCUUGGGAUGAGCAGCGGGAAUACCGUGGAGCCCGUAAGGCAGCUCACCUUCCUAGACAACAUAAAAUCAUCCUUGGCUAGCCCAGUCUUCACUGCCGACUUGAAGAGUACUAUCCCGGGCACUUACGGGUUCGGCUUUAUCGGGAACUCGUACACGGGUCGCAUUCAAUACGCCCCUAUCGACCGAACAGCAAUAUGGUGGCUAUUCGCAAUCACAGGAUAUCGGAUAGGCCCCGAGACGAUACCAGGCAACCCCAACUCAGGAUACGUUACGAAGCCUUUCAGAGCCAUCGCAGACACGGCCACGUCGAUGCUGUUGCUUUCAGACGACAUCGUCGAUUCCUACUGGGAUCAAAUUCCUGGCUCGUACUAUGAUGAUGAGUGGGCUGCGAUACUGUUCCCAUGCUCUGCCACCUUGCCGGAUUUCAUUCUCGGGAUUGGUCUGUACAAAGGCAUCGUGCCUGGGCGAUAUAUGAAUUAUGGGAUCGCCGACAACACUGGCACUCUGUGCUAUGGAGGACUGCAGUCACAAGGAGGCAUCGACUUCGCCAUUAUUGGGGCCACUGCUCUGAAGGCCCAGUACGCGGUCUUUGAUCUGGGCAACAUGAGAGUCGGGCUUGCAAAUAAGCCCUUGCAGACUUGA